AUGUAUCGCCAAGCAAUUGAAUUUCCGAUGGAAACUGGUCCCGAUUUGCAAAAUACUAUUUCAGUCCCUCAUCCUAUGAACAAUCGUGCUCGACGCGCGCAACAAAUGCGAUUGGAUGCCUGCCUCUCACCAUCAAAAUCUACUUCUGUGGCACCUAGUGCAAACGCUGAACCGAACCAAAUGAUUGUAGUAUCUAAGUCUACCGGAUCGCUUUCAUUGAAACAGCUACUCCGAACCGGUCCCCAACCUGAGAUAUGCUUAACCUCCAAACCUCCUUCAACCUUGAUGUCACCUGCGAAGUGCCAGAAUCAGACUACGGCUUCGCCACCAAGUUCUCUUGGGUUGAGCUCCGAUCAUGCUCCUGUCUCACGAUUGGGAUCUUCUCGCACGGAUCAACAGUUGGCCACAUUCUAUGCACGAUCUCGACUGCAUCACUUGUCCUCCUGGGCGAACGAGUUACAUCAACUGGUAACUCGAAUACGUGAUAAUCCGGAUCAUCAGUGUGAUUUGGGAGAGGCUUGGAAGCAAAAAGUUCUCUGCCAGUCUGGGACUGAUUCGAUUGUGACGCGACUUGUCGCUCGUCAGUCAGCCGGGGCUUCUUCUUCUCGCCCCCCGUCCCCACCAUCCCUACCGCGAAUCGUCUUUCAUAUUGACAUGGAUUGCUUUUUUGUUUCAGUUAGUCUACGAAACCGACUGGAUUUGAAAGACAAACCGGUUGCCGUUACUCAUGCGAAAUAUCCCGAAUCGGAACAUCAGAGCAAUCCAUCAUUUGGGUGUGCCAAUUUCUGCAAGGAACCCAAUCAGGGGAUCUUUUAA